AUUUAUAGUUACUAAGUUUUAUAAUUUGUAAUUUUAAUAUCUUUGAUAUGCCAGGAGCCUAGUGGUUUUCCAGACAUAUCAGCUAACUCGUAGACAAGAGGAGAUUUUUACCAAUUAUUUUACAUUUUAUAAAUUUCGGUGCUAACUUUUUAUCGAAAUAUUUGUCCUUGUCACUAAGGUAAAACGUCUUUCUCCACACUAUAUCACCAAUGUUAAAUUCAGCCGGUUUCCGGCGUAAAUUAUAAUGUUGACUAUUACGACUGUGAGCUUGUAGAAGUGGUGACUGAACUUUAUUAAAGAUAGAAGAUAGGAUACCUAUGUUCUCCGCGUAGGAAUCGCGAGGUUGGAAAAUUAAAUCAUCUUCAGUAUCAGUGUCGAUAUAAUUCAAGUCCGUAUACCAGAAAUGAAGGAGUGUAGCCAGUAAUUUCAUUUACGGAACAAUUCACAGCGAAUUGUAUUUUAGGUACUAGUAGAUCCCAGAUGCGAUGAUCGUUAGAGAUGAACGUGGAAAUGGCAGUCAUUAUCGUUUUGUUAUAACGUUCAACUGUGUUUACUUGUGGUGAAUAUUUAGGUGUAAAAUGCAACUUAGGGACUUUAUAUUUCUCAAGCAUAUGUUUAAGCGUGGUACUUAUGAAUUGUUUACCAUUAUCCAAAAUCACAGUGGAAGGGAUGCCAUGUAUUAGGAAUACAUGCUCUAGUAUUUUGGUAAUAAUUUCAGCGGUAGCGCGCUUGAUUGGAAAUAGUAAGCAAUACUUAUUAAAACAACAAGUGACAACUAGAAUAAAGGUGUUUAGUUUCUUGGUAGGGGGUAGGGGUCCUACUAGGUUGACGCUAAUAACUAUGAAAGGUCUAGUGCAAGGUUUAGGUCUACCCAUUUCACCUAGGAUCGCGUGAUUUUGGUGUUUAUGCGCGACGCAAGUAUCGCAAGAAGUGACCGCUUUUACAAUGUCUGCAUGCAUGCCUGGCCAGAAAUAACUGAGACUUAAACGUUUAAAAGUUUUAAAAAUUCCGAAAUGACCCGCUGUUGGGUUCGAGUGGUUUUCGAGCACAAUAUCUUGUCUCGACUCAGCAGGAAUCACUUCUUUCCACUCGAACUCUUUAUGUAAAGGGUUAUUACUUUUUGAAUAACGGAAUAAACGAUUGUUUUUAACUAGGUAAUUAGGAAAUGAUGUAGGGGAAUUUUGACAACCAUUAAAUAUAUUUAACACUUUCGCGGACACAACGAAAUAAUACGUCAUGACUUGAGACUUAGAUACGGCACAACGUAUGAUAACGUUCAAAAACAGAAUAUUAUAUACGGCAGAGCGUUGAUAUCCGAUCAAUUAUAAUACAAAAAAAACGUUAUAUGGUACCUUGUGUCACAACAUAUCGAAAGCUCAAAACUUUUACUGUCACGUGAACUUUGUUUUUAAUCGUUUCCAAACUGUGCGUUUGACUAUACGUCACGAUACUACAAACACACGCACACCGUGUAUAUACGCCCUCCCCGCCUCACCGCGUCUCAACACUCAGUGCGGCUGUGUCACGGGAGCAGAGUGCGCGCGUUCCAUCUGCGCGGGAGCGGCGAUUCGUAAUAUUUGCCGGCAAAUAAACACCAUGGAUAAACGCAAGAGAAGCCUAAUGAAAAUAUUUGAAGAUUCCGAUGACUCUACCGAGGCGGACCCAUUCCAGGAUCGUGAUGGCGACUUUGGAUCUGACAAAGAUUUUGACCCUCAAGGAGAUACAACAGGUAGUGAGAGCUCUCGUAUUUUUUACCGCCAGAAAUCGUCUAAACCCGCACCUAAACACCAUUCAAAAUCUAUUGGGAUCUCAACUAGACAACCUAACACCAAUUGUAGUUCUGACUCAAGUGAUGAUGAUAGCGAUACACCAUCAACUAAAAGUGACUGUACCCAACGUUCUAUGGACACGCCAUCACCACAAACUACUACCCAAUCACGUAUUCAAGAGGCAGAUAUAGAGAAUGACUCGAGUUCGUCCGACGAAAUUUUCCCCCUAGCCAAACGAUUAAAACUAUUUAAAGCUUCAACAGUAACUGACAGCCAGAAUGAGAUUCAAGAAAUACCAGGAUGCUCUGCUGCACAAAAUCUGCUCCAACCCACGUCUGUUGAAACUGCUUCAGAAAACCUACUCCCGGCUACCACUAACGCUCCUAAGAAUGACACUUUGUCAACACUGUCACUAAUUGACAGUGUCAUUGCUGAAAAUUUAGAUAAUGAGGGAGAUUUAAGGUCUCUUGAUAAACUACCACCUUUAUUCGAUUCCUCUCAAAAUGGGUCAUUGGAUAUAUCCAAUUUAAUAUUGACUUCUCAUGACGUGGUGGAAAACAGCCAACAUGGAGGAGUGCUAGUAGAGCGUAGGUUGUCAGGUGAACUACCAACAUCAUCCAACGUAUUAGAAAACUGGUCAAAAGGACAAUCUCAUUCCCCUGAGACAACUACUAACGAACAAGAUUGGGUAUAAACGAUAACAACCAUACCAGACUUUAAUUUUGACACUGAUUCUGUGGGGAUGAAGUUUACUUUAGACGAUAACACAACCGUGUUUGAUAUAUUUAAUCAUUUGUUUCCCCCCAUUAUUAUGGAUUAUUUAGUAGAUUGCACUAAUGCAUAUGGCGCCAAUAUGUGUCAAAGUAAUAAACCUAAAACCAGAUACAGUCGAUCAUAUUCAUUUAAGCCUACAGAUCGUACCGAGAUGCUGAAAUUCUUAGGAUUAUGCCUGCUAAGCGGUCAAGUUAACGUACCCGAAAAGCGAAAAUUGUUUACAUUAUCGGACAGUUUAUACUAUCACCCCAUAUUUGUAUCUACAGUGUCAGGCCGUAGAUUUGAGCAACUGUUAAGAUGUCUAUAUACAGCCCCUUUAAGUGCUAAAGGCAAAGACAAAAUAGUUGAGUUUAUGGAUGCUAUUACGAGGAAUUUUCAGGCAUGUUACUCACCAGAAAAAGAGUUAUCACUAGAUGAGUCGCUUUUGUUAUUUAGAGGGCGUUUAUCGUUUAGACAAUAUAUAAAAUAAAAAAAAGCAAGAUAUGGUAUAAAGUUCUAUGAAUUGACGGAAGCUAAUGGCUAUGUUUUAAAUAUAAUAAUGUAUACUGGUAAAGAUGACUCUACGGAAGAAGGUAAAAAAACCGAAAAGACUGUGUUAAAACUAAUGAAACCAUAUAUUCUGAAAGGUCAUGAACUGUUCAUGGAUAACUAUUACAAUUCAUAUGGUUUAUCACAAAAAUUGCUGGACCUUAAGACGCACACAAAUGGAACCCUCAGAACAAACCGAAAAGAAAACCCAAAGGAGGUCAUGAAAAAAAAAUUCAAGAAGGGAGAACACGUAUGGGUGCGGAAAAAUAAUGUCUAUGUUUCAAAGUGGGUUGAUAAGCGAACUGUAACUAUGAUUACUACAAGGGAUCAUCCAAAAUUGGUUAACAUUGCCAAUAGACGAGGACAAUUAAAGCGAAAACCGGUAGAAGUGGUCUCUUACAACCAAUUUAUGUCUGGCAUCGACCGUGCUGAUCAGAUGGUAUCAUAUUACUCGUCUCCACGAAAAUGUUUGAUUUAGUAGUAUGGAACAGUUUUUAUUUAUACAGAAAGUACAAAAUGAAUAACAGCAAGAAAUAUGAUUUUUUAAAUUUUAGAGAGGAAUUAAUAAGAAAAUUAUUUGGCAUUAGUCCUGCCCAUAAACCUGAUUUUUUGGUAAAGCAUUCCAGGAACGAUAAUAGAACAGUAGACCGAACAGCAUAUCCAGGACCUUCCUCCCCAUACCUUCAUGAUAGUAGCGGUGGACAUUGGCCUGAAAAGAUUCCGCUUCCUCCUGGUUCUAAAAAGACUUCAAACUAUCUAAAAUGCAAAAUGUGUGCAAAGAAUAAACGUCGAAAAGAAACAGGUUUAAGAUGUAAGGGUUGCAAAGAAAAACCACCACUUUGUGCAUUGUGCUUUGAAGAUUGGCAUAAGACUGAUUUAAUUACAAGUUCCUAAACUUAAGACUAAGAAUUAUUUUGUUGAUUUCUUUUUUUUUAUAUAUGCAGCAAUUGCAAUUUUUGU